AUGGGUGGGAUAGAAGCAUUCAAUCCCACUGCAAUUAAUAAUUACUUGUCUGGUAUUGAAGCUUUGAGUGGAACUAAAUUUAAGAAAUGGAAGGAACAAAUUGGAAUUGUUUUGGGAAUUAUGGAUUUAGACUAUGCAUUAAGAGAGCCAGAACGCUCUAAUCGCUUAAGUCUAAUGAUUAUGAAAGGCUCAAUUACACCUGCAAUUCAAGGAGCAAUCCCUGCUUUUGAAAGUGCAGUGGGCUAUAUGAAAUAUAUUGAAGAACAAUUCAUUGGAACUUCCAAAUCCCUUGCUAGUAUUUUCAUGAUUAAAAUGAUGACAAUGAAAUAUGAUGGUUUGAGUAGUGUUCGUGAACAUAUCUUAAAGAUGAAUGACAUGGCCUCUCAAUUAAAGGGAAUGGACAUUGAAAUUUUUGAAAAUUUUCUUAUUCAUUUCAUUAUGACUUCUCCUCCUGUGCAAUUUGGUCCUUUCAAGAUCAAUUAUAAUAUGUAG